ACCACCGCACAAUGAAAAUGCAAAUUUAGAAAAAGAGGUUUCACAUUUGGUUAAUGUAGAAGAAAUGGAAACAUUCUCUGGAACCGAGCACAUAGUACUAGAAGACAAUGUGGAGAAGGAUAAAAAAGAACUAAACUUGACAUUACAACAACCUUUCAGUUCCCAAGAGAAUAACUUUUUACAGCAUGGGGAAAAUGCCCCUGUGGAGGCUAACACUGAACCACAAACUGCAUCUACAGAGCUUGAGGUUUCUGCUACAUCCCCAGAACCACCUCAGUCUCUGAGUGAGGACGAUAGUUCAAAAAUUGAUGAGCACUUUGAAUUAGUUAGUCAUGAUCACCUUUCUAUAAAAAGUAGUGAUGCACAUGUUUCUGAAUCGUCUGACCUUCUGGAAAUGGAAACUACUCCUAUAAAUGAUGCCUUUAUGGAAGCAGGUUCACCUUUAGGAGAUAAAGCUCUGAAGUCACCCGCUGAUCUAGAUUCCCCUGUCACUUCCGUAGACACCAGUAAGACAAGUGUGUCAUCCUCACCAGCAGUUUCCUUAGACUUCCAUUCUUCAAAUGACAUUUUUCAAAGUCCUAGUUUUUGCACAGGAAAUACCUUGCCAACAACUUAUAUAUCAGUGACUCCAAAAAUUGGCAUGGGUAAGCCAGCUAUCACCAAAAGGAAAUUUUCUCCUGGCAGACCCCGAUCAAAACAGGGGGCUUGGAGUACCAAUAAUACAGUGAGCCCACCUUCCUGGUCCCCAGAUUGCUCAGAAGGUUGGGACAUUUUUAAAUCCAGACAGCUUCUCGGCAGUGCAUUUUGGAGCAUCAAAGUGGGUCGUGGCUCAGGAUUUCCAGCUAAGAGAAGACCACGGGGUUCUGGGCUCUCAGGACGUGGUGGAAGAGGUCGUUCGAAAUUAAAAACUAGCAUUGCCAACUACAUAAUCCCUGGGGUAACCACAAUCAAUAUUCCAUCAUACAAAGAGGAGGAAGAGACCUCAAUGCACAAUACAGUUGUCUUAUUCUCCAGCAGUGACAAAUUCACCUUGCAUCAGGAUAUGUGUCUUGUAUGCGGAAGUUUUGGCAAAGGUGCUGAAGGAAGACUUCUUGCUUGUUCUCAAUGUGGCCAGUGUUACCAUCCAUACUGUGUCAGUAUUAAGCUUACUAAAGUGAUCCUCCGUAAGGGGUGGAGAUGCCUAGAAUGUACAGUGUGCGAAGCCUGUGGGAAGGCGACAGAUCCUGGUAGAUUACUGCUUUGUGAUGACUGUGACAUUAGCUACCACACUUACUGCCUGGAUCCACCCUUACAGACUGUACCAAAAGGAGGCUGGAAGUGCAAGUGGUGUGUUUCAUGUACAAACUGCAAAGCAAUAACACCAGGAUUAAGGUGUGAGUGGCAAAAUAACUACACCCAGUGUGCACCCUGCGCAAGUCUGUCUACCUGCCCUGUCUGUUGUCAGAACUAUAUUGAAGACGAGCUUAUUCUUCAGUGCAGACAGUGUUACCGUUGGUCACAUGCAACAUGCCAGAACCUAAACACUGAGGCAGAAGUUGAAAGUGCUGCAGAUAAUGGAUUUGACUGCUCUAUGUGUAAGCCAUAUGUGAUUCCAUCUCCUGAGAAGUGUGAAUCUCCAGUUGAUGCUCAGAUUGUUCUAAAAACACGAGAACCAGAUCCUCUGAAAACAUUUACCCAAGAUGGAGUAUGUUUGACAGAGUCGGGGCUUUCCCAGUUACAGAGCUUAACAAUCACAGUUCCAAGAAGAAAACGGUCCAAACCAAAGUUAAAAUUAAAGAUCAUCAACCAGAACAGUGUUGCUGUGUUACAGACCCCUCCUGAGCCACAGUCGGAGCACUCUAGAGAUGGAGAGAUGGACGAUAGCAGAGAAGGAGAUCUUAUGGAUUGUGAUGUAAAAUCAGACUCUAGCCCUGAGCGAGAACCUAUGGAUGAUGAUUCCAAAGGGACAGAAGCAAUGGAUGGACUUAAGAAAAGAAAGAGAAAGCCAUACAGACCAGGGAUUGGUGGAUUUAUGGUGCGUCAGAGAAGUCGAACUGGCCAAGGAAAAUCUAGAAGAUCUCUCUCCAGAAAAGAUUCAUCAGGCUCUGUUUCUGAACUGCUUCCGGGUAGAGAUGAGAACUGGAUUGAACAAAUGCCAGACACUCCAUUAGAUGAUGGUCUUCCUUACUCUGAAAAUACAGAAAAAAUAAAGAAACGCUAUCGGAAAAAGAAGAACAAGCUGGAAGAAACCUUCCCUGCAUAUUUACAGGAAGCUUUUUUUGGGAGAAAUCUCUUGGAUACUAGUAGACAAAGCAAAGCAAACACAGAGAAUUUAUCGGAGGAUGCAUCCCAGCUAUUAUACAAAACAAACAUUAAUAAUACCUUUCUUGAUCCAUCUUCUGACCCACUACUGAGCUCAGCUGCAACAUUGACGCCAUCCAAACAUGGUGCUGAAGGUGGUUCUCAAGAUCCUCUUGCUGACCUCUCUGGGGUAUUGAACACAGAUGAUGACAUUCUGGGAAUACUAACUGAUGAUCUAACAAAAUCUUCAAAUCAGUCUGCCGGACUUGAAAUAGGCCCCAUCAAUGAUGAAUCAUCUUCAAUGUCUCAUGCAAGUGUCACACAAAGUUCCCGGCCUUUAAGUGAGGAUCAGCUAGAUGGAAUCCUAAGCCCAGAACUGGACAAAAUGGUUACUGAUGGAGCAAUUUUGGGAAAGCUUUACAAAAUUCCAGAGCUUGAAGGAAAAGAUGUUGAAGAUUUAUUUACUGCUGUGCUGAGUCCUGUAGCUACCCAUCCGCCAUCUUUGCCACAACCGCCACCACCUUCAGCUCAUACUCAUCCUCCACAUACACAGCUCUUGCCUUUGCACAACCAGGGGGAUGGUCUUUAUUCAAGAAUUCCUAUGGUUAAUGGCCUUUUGGCACCCAACUCUCAUCUCCUGCACAACCCUCUAGCUCAGGGAGCUGGUGUAGGCCCUUUUACUCCUUUAACGCACCCACCAUAUUCUGAGAACAGGGAAAAGAACUCCUUAUUUCACGGGAUGGUAAACGAACCUGCUAACACAUGGGCAGUACAGUCCACUGUCAUGGAAGCUGAAGGAGAUACUAUGUCCAAUGCCCAAAGGAGCACUCUGAAGUGGGAGAAAGAAGAAGCCCUUGGGGAAAUGGCAACUGUUGCACCUGUUUUGUAUACUAACAUCAAUUUCCCAAACCUGAAAGAUGAGUUCCCAGAUUGGGCUACAAGAGUAAAGCAGAUUGCCAAACUUUGGAGAAAAGCUAGCUCACAAGAAAGAGGCCCAUAUGUGCAAAAAGCCAGGGAUAACCGAGCUGCAUUGCGUAUCAAUAAAGUGCAAAUGUCAAACGAUUCUAUAAAAAGGCAACAACAUGAAAUUAUUGAGCAAAAUUGUCGAAUUGACUCUGAUCUUUUCAAAGAUCCCCUGAAACAGAGAGAAUCUGAACAUGAGCAGGAAUGGAAAUUCAGACAGCAAAUGAGACAGAAAAGUAAGCAACAAGCCAAAAUUGAGGCAACACAAAAACUUGAACAAGUCAAGAAUGAACAGCAACAACAGCAGCAACAGCAGUUUGGGUCACAACAUCACUUGAGCCAAUCUGGUAGUGAUACACCUAACAGUGGAAUUCAGAGCCCUUUAACACCUCAGCAGAGUAGUGGCAAUCUUUCUCCUAUUCAGCAGACCUUUACAAAGCAGCAAAUGCCUGGCACCCCCACAUCUUUCCUAGAUGAUGUUUUUUUAAAACCACAAGCUCCCCCUCCAACCCCAACAAGAAUGACUUUGCAGGACCCCCUUUCUUUAUCACAGUCUUCACAGCCUCUGUCGCCACAAAUGUUUUCUCCAGGCACUUCAAACUCAAGACCCACCUCUCCAGUGGAUCCAUAUUCGAAAAUGGUUGGGACACCAAGACCUCCAUCCACAGUUCAAAACCUUUCAAGAAGGAACUCUGGAUCACCCAUGGAUGCUUGUCCUUCUCGACCUGUUGCUUCAAACGAGUCUAUUGGAAGCAGACCAUCACCAGUUCAAGACUCAUGUCCCUCCCCUCAUAACAGUGAACUGUCUGUAAAAUUAUUAGAUCCUCAAAGAGCUUUGACUUUAGAUCAAUAUUCUAAACCAAUAGGUUUGGGGAGGUUGCCUCUUAAUGCUGAUCAUUCAGGAGAUGGGAACAACGAUCCUUUCUCAAAGCAUUCUUCUAGAUCAGAAAUCUUCCAGAGACAACCAGUAGCACAAGCUAAGAUGAUAGAUCCAUAUUUAAGACCACCUUUAACUCCAACAUCAGGUAAUAGUGAAGGUAGCCCUGCUCCAUUUAAAACUCCUAUGCGCCCACCUCAGUCCCCACAAGAUUCUUAUGGUUCAAUGCCCACAACUCCUAGACGUCUAUCUUUAGAUCCUUAUGAAAGACAGGUAUUGACACCCAGGCCUGUUGAGAAUUUAGCACAUGAUCAUUAUAACCAAGCACCGCUAAAUCGUUCUACAAUGAACGAAUCUUUUGCACAUCCACCUAGACUUAUGCGACAGCACAGUGAUCCUAUUUCCCAGACUACUUCGUUAUCAAGGCAAAAUUCACAGGAUCCAUAUUCUCAAACCCCUGGAACACCCCGUCCAGUAACCAACCCCUAUAUACAAUCUUCUGCUCCCAGGCAUGGAAUUAUAGACCCUUAUAUCCAGCAGCCUCAAACAUUGAGACCACCUCCGCAACCUGUUGAUCCUUAUGGACAACCACUGUCUACGCCUAGACCUGUUAUGGCAGAAAUGUUUGUUCAGCCCAGUUUGAAUAAGAGACACCAUGAUCCUAGGUCUAUUGUAGACCAGUAUGCUCAGCAGCCUGGCACAACAGGGCCCAUCACUUCGGGUCCAUAUUCUCAACCACCAGGGACAGCAAGGCCUAUGGCUUCUGAUCCUUAUGCUCAAAUGCCUGGCACACCAAGACCUAUUGCAGAUCCAUAUGCACAGUCUCCUGGUACUCCAAGACCCAUUAUUACAGACCCUUAUGCUCAGCCCCCUCGAACCCCGAGACCUGUCCUUUCAGAUCGUUAUUCACAUCCACCAAGAGCUGCAAUGCCUGGUAUGCCAGACCACUAUAAUCGUCCUUCAGUGGUCAGAACAGGUCUUAUGCACAACCAAGAUGCUUUUGGGCAGACUGCACAGAACAGAGGACCACCUGUACCAGCACCUUUUAUGAGACCAUCAGACCCAGGUCCUCACAAUCCACGGCCUGUGGGUCCAGUUUCAGCAGACAUGUUUAAUCAUUCCACAACUGGUACAACACAUGAUCCAUAUGAUCAACCUCCAAUGACUCCCCGAAUGGUAGCAGGAGACACUUUUGGUGAUGCACAUGAUGUUACAGACUCACAAAGAUCAUUAUCAGAAGAAAAUUUUAGCGGCCCUUCCAACUCUGUUACCACACCUCAAGGUCAGCAGUUUUUGAACAUGCAACAGGGAUCACCUGCUACAGUGUCUGAAAAUCCGAAUCCCAACCUGUUAUUAGCAGACUCUGAAGAAAAAUUAAGACAGCGUCAAAAGUUGAGAGAGCUUAUUUUGAGGCAGCAGCAAAACAAAAAUGCUGUACGUCAGGAGAAGGCGUUGAGUGACCAAUUGCAUCUGACCCCAGGUGGAAGCUCUGCUCAGUGGCAGCAAGAAAAUCCACCACGUCAAAGCGAGAUUUUUAAUAGACCGCCACCACCUUACCCAGGCAUUAUCAGAACUCAGUUAGGCCCCAAAGGAAGCUCAAGAUUUCCCACUUUUCCUAAAGAUCAACGUGUACAAUAUGCUGGAAAUCCACAGUUUAUUAGACCACCGUUUACAGGAGAUCUUUCUAGUGGAAUGAGGCUGCCUCAGAGUCAUAGAUUCACCUAUCCUAUGAAUGGCCCUGAGUCUGUUACAGGUCAUGAACGUUUUUUAGGACCUCCUUUACAAAUGCAGGUGCCUGGAAUUCAGCAGCAAAUGCGAAGGGAUAUUUCAAUUGAAUUGACUAGACCAUUAAAUAACCUACAAGUGAACAAUUCUCUUCCUCCGCAUUUUCCUCCUCAGGGUGUGCAAGUGCAACAUAAUAUUUCUGGUCAGGCAUACAUUGAACUUCGUCACAGGCCUCCAGAUGGUAGACCAAGGAUUCUUUUUGGACCACCGCCUAAUCUGAUUGAGGCCUCUUCACAACAUCCAGGACAUGUAGGAUAUUUCCCCAGACCAGAAAUGCAAGGCCAGAGGCUGAUGGAUCCAGGGCGAGUACACCAUCCAGGUCUUUCUAAUCAAAUGCCAAUUCCUCAAAGUUUGGAGCAUUUGGUUCCACCUUCACAAGAACAUUUCAAUUCAGAACAUCAAUCAGUUCUUAUGAUGCAUAGAGGGGUUCAACCUUCAAGAGAUGAUACUUAUAUAACUGCUUUACCUUCCAAUAGUUCUAAUGAAGAAACUAGUACGCUACCAAUCUCUCAUCAGUCUGCUAAUGGUUUGGAAGAAAAACUGGAUUCCGAUGAUCCUUCAGAUAAAGAUCUUGAUGUGAAAGAUUUGGUUGGGGUUGAGGUUAAAGAUUUAGAUGAUGAUGACCUUGAAAAUAUAAACCUAGAUCCAGAUGAUGCAAAGGGUGAUGAACUAGAUGCCCUGGAUACCCUGGAAACUAAUGAUCCUCAAUUAGAUGAUCUUUUAAGGUCAGGAAAAUUUGAUAUCAUUGCGUACACAGACCCUGCACUUGACCUAGGAGAUAAGAAAGACCUGUUUAAUGAGGAUUUGGACCUUGGUGUACCAAUCGAUGAUAAGCUGGAAAUUCAGACCAAGAAUGAUGAGAUUAAAAGCGAAGAGCAACCUGAAAACAAACCUUUGUCGCCUGCAUCAGUUCCAUCACAACUAUUAACUAAUGUUGCUGCUGAAAUAAAAUCUGAAGUGAUAUCACAAAAUUCAGAAGACAAAUGUGUACCUGAUGCAAUAUCUGAGGAGAAUGUGAGUGUUACAGGCAUUCAGCAGACAAAAGAGAAUAUUUCUUUAAAUUCGGAGCAAUCUGCUAAUGAAGAGGAAAAGGAAUCUCUGCCUAGUUCAAAUGUAAUUGAAGAACCAACAACAUUGUCUGUGCAGAAUAAAAUAAAUUCACCUGAUGUAACCGACACUGAAAGUGCAAGUGUAUCUAAUGAAAGAACAGAAAUUUCUGAAAUGGAAGCUUUGAGUUCUCCAUCUGGAAACAUGACAUCUACCCAAUCCAAUCCAUUACCAUUAGAUUCCCAAAACGUUAUUACACCUUCUAGUCAAGUGCUGGACCAUGGUUUGAAUCCAGACUUGGGACCAAGGCUUAAACAAGGAUUCUCUGAAGGAUCACCAAGAGAUUCAGGUUUUAUAUCAAAUCAGUCAAGUGGUCAUAAUUACGUCACUGGAGAACCACCCAAUCAAAUACUGACUUUGCCAAGUCCUCAACAAAUGAUGCUUCAGCACAGUCGUGAGAGACCUCUUUUAUUGGAAGAACAGCCUCUAUUACUGCAGGACCUUUUGGAUCAAGAAAGACAAGAACAGCAGCAACAAAGACAGAUGCAAGCUAUGAUCCGCCAACGUUCUGAGCCAUUCUUUCCUAGUAUUGAUUUUGACGCCAUUACGGACCCUAUUAUGAAAGCAAAAAUGGUGGCUCUUAAAGGCAUCAACAAAGUUAUGGCACAGAACAAUAUGGUUAUGCCUCCAAUGGUUAUGAACAGGUUUCCUUUUAUAGCACAACAAAUUCCAGCUGCUCAAACAAAUGAAGGUCCCAAUAUAAUGCAGCAGGCCAUAGCACAGGAUGGAAGUAUUGCAUCACAAAUGAUUAGACCUAAUCCUCCAAAUUUUGGUCCUGGAUUUGUCAACGAGUCUCAGAAAAAACAAUAUGAGGAGUGGCUCAAAGAGACACAGCAGCUUCUUCAGAUUCAGCAGAAAUUUCUAGAAGAACAAAUUGGAGCUCACAGAAAAUCAAAAAAAGCACUUUCAGCGAAACAGAGGACUGCCAAGAAGGCAGGUCGGGAAUUCCCUGAGGAAGAUGCAGAACAGCUUAAGCAGGUCACUGAGCAGCAAAGCAUGGUUCAGAAACAGCUGGAACAGAUCAGAAAACAACAAAAAGAACAUACAGAGCUUAUUGAGGAAUACAGAAAUAAACAGUCACAAUUUUCAGUGACACCUUUGAUUCCUGUUGUUCCACCACAGCAGACAUUGAUGCCUGGAGGAGGUGUUCCACCCCCUGUGAAUCAUCAGAACUUUGCUAUUCCACCAGCAUUAAAUGCCAUUGGACAGAUUAUACCCAGACAGCCUAAUCAACCCAGAAUGCCAAAUAUGCAAGGUUGGCAACCAGCAAAUAGUCCUAGAAGUCUUGUACCUGUAAAUACACCACAAAUGCAGCAUCCACACACAGAUGUUCCUGUGACCAGUCCACUUCCAAAUUCUAAUCCUAAUGCUCCACCAAGGGUUGAAUUCGAUGACAAUAACCCAUUCAGUGAAACAUUUCAAGAGCGAGAACGCAAAGAACGAUUACGAGAACAGCAAGAACGUCAGAGAAUACAGCUUAUGCAGGAAGUUGAUCGUCAAAGAGCAUUGCAGCAGAGACUAGAAAUGGAACAGCGUGGCAUGGUUGGACCAGAUUUGAACAGCAGGUCAUUAUCGCAAAUGCCUUUUUUUAAUUCGGAAUUGCCUAGUGAAUUUAUGCAAAUUCCACAGCCUAUUAAACAGUCUCCACAGCGACAAACACAGAUUGGGCAUGCCUUGUCACAGCAAAAUAUGCAGCAAGGCCAUUUGAACUCUCCUCCAAAUGCCCCUUUAAUGCCGACUGGUGAGACACAUUCAUUGGAACACUCCCCAUAUGGACAAGAUAACCAUUCUGUUUCAGGAGUCACAAACUUUCCAUCUGUUAAAAAAUCCCCAGGAAGUAUUUCUUGUUCCGGAUUCACUCAGGCACAGCCUAGGCCUUCUUUCGUCUCAGAUGUGUCUUCUGCAUCUCCUAUUGCUGAUAAUGGUAAUCCUUGUGGUCAAGACAUUUCCGUUAGUGAUGCAAACUUUCAGGAAUCAGGUCAGGCUCUUGUACAACUAUACUCUGAAAUUAUUCCUGAGGAGAAGGGAAAAAAGAAAAAGACAAGAAAAAAGAAAAAGGAUGAAGACGCAGACUCUGCAAAGUCACCCUCAACUCCCCAGUCUGAUAUUACAGCUCCCCUUUCACCAAGUAUUUCAGAGGCAUCAACUCCAACAGUUAACAAUCCCAAUGAACUAGUUUAUCAAGGGGAACACCCCACUGAUUUAAUUCGUUCAUCAACUCCUAAUGCUUCAGUUAAAAAUGUGGAAUUAGAAGAUCCACUUCAAACCAGCGAUGUGAACCAAAGAUUGCUACGGGACACCACUUCAGAUCAGGAUGGGGUUCAGCAUCACAAAAAUGUUUUUAGUAUCCGAAAUAUCAAACUUGAGCAAGCAGAUCUAGAUCUGUCUCCUGAAAAAGAUGACCAUAUGAUUAAACGUCCUUUUGUAAUGAAGACUGAGGAUGAUAAAGCCAUAUCGCACAAUGAACUUUCCAUGGAAAUAUCUUCUAAUCAUUCAACUGGUCCUUCAGGAAAAUUGGAAUCUGGAAAUGAGUUAUUAAAACACUUGCUUAAAAACAAAAAACAACCUUUAAUUUUGCAUCAAAAAUCAGAAGACCGUGUACGAUCAGAAGAAGACUGUGCUACUGAUGUAAAGUUUCUUGACCGGCCAAGCCAUUUUAAUUCAUUACAUAUGUCUGAGAAUAAAGAACAGAGUGUCUUUAACUUUAACCAAAGCUUGCUGCAUAAAUCCGAUUUUGAUUUGGAUAAAAGAAAACCAAGAAACAAGCGAAUACAAAGGACAGCUGAGAAAACACCUCGCUCCAAAAAGAGAAAGAAAGAGGAAGAACAGAAGUCUGCCAUUUAUGCCAGCUCUGAGACUUUUACUAAAAUUAAACAGCAACUUUCUUUGCUUCCUCUAAUUGAGCCAAUUGUUGGGAUGAGCUUUGCACACUUUCUUCCUUAUGGAACUGUCCCAAAUACUGCUGGAAGUAGGCUUCUUGGUGCAUUUGGCAGUGCGUCCCUUGAUGGAGUAUCAGAUUAUUACUCCCAGUUAAUAUUUAAGCAGAAUAAUCUGAGUAACCCGCCAACACCUCCAGCAUCCCUUCCUCCUACCCCUCCUCCUGUUGCCUGCCAGAAACUGGUGAAUGGCUUUGCAACCACUGAAGAACUAGCUGGAAAGGCAUCCAUCUUUAGUGGACAUGUUACCAAAGCUCUCGGACCCAAACCGUUUCAGCUGCCUUUCAGGUCACAGGAUGAUUUUAUUACAAGAGCCAUGACUCAGGGUCCUAAAACGGUUGAUGUUCCUGCUUCCCUGCCUACCCCACCUCACAAUAAUCAGGAGGAGUUAAGGGCACAGGAUCACUGUGAUUCCAGGGACAGUCCUGACAGCUUUGUGCCCUCUUCAUCUCCUGAGAGCGUGGUUGGUGUAGAAAUUAGCAGAUAUCCGGAUUUGUCUCUAGUGAAGGAAGAACCACCAGACCCUGCACCUUCCCCCAUCAUUCCUAUCCUCCCUAGCAGCACAGGAAAAGGCUCUGAGGCUAGAGAAUGCGGAUUGAAGACAGAGCCUGUAUCUCGGACAUUGUUCUUUGGAUCACAGUUUGUACAGGCACCCAAUGGCCCUAAGUCUGGUUUGAUAUCUGUAGCAAUCACUCUGCACCCCACAGCAGCUGAGAAUAUCAGUGGUGUGGUUGCGGCCUUUGCAGAUCUUUUGCAAGUCAGAAUUCCCAACAGCUAUGAGGUGAGCAGUGCUCCAGACACUGGCUCAAUGAUAUUAAUGAAUGGGCACAGAAUAAACCCUGGCAUGGAAUAUAGACCACAAGUGUUACGUCAUCGCCCUAGAGCAGGAUCUAUGCCUCCAGCAAGGUUAAUUGGCCCCUAUGGGAUUAGACCACACAACUUGUCAUUUAUGCCAAGUAAUAAUGGUAUGUCAGGAUACAAACCACAAAACCAGAACAUUUCAGAUUCUCCAGUCCUGAGACCCUCUUGGUGUUGUCACUGUAAAGUAGUUAUUCUAGGCAGUGGCGUUAGGAAAUCUCUCAAGGACACAACUUUUAUUAAACAGGAAUUCCUUCAGAGCCCUCAAAGGAUGGAUGAAGACCUUGUAUUUUGUAGUAAUAACUGUUUUUUGCUGUACUCUGCUGCACAAACAAAACAUUUGGAGAACAAGUGUCGAGAUCCUUUAGCAACUCCAUCUUCAAAGGAGGCACCACCAAAAUCAUGCCAUCAGUACAGCACCAACACUUCUACUCUUGAUGUUCAUUGCCUUCCUUUGUUACAAGAGAAGUGCUCACCACCUUCCUCACCCCCUCUAUCUUUUCCUACUGCUGCUUUUGAAAAUGCUAAAGUUGAGGCAAAACCAGAUCAACUAAAAGUUACUGUGAAGUUAAAGCCACGGCCUAGAGCAGUUCACAGCAGUCUGGAUGAUUCUCGUCCUGCAAACAAGAAAUGGAAAGGAAUGAAGUGGAAAAAAUGGAAUAUUCAGAUUGUUAUUCCUAAGAUGCCUUUCAAGCCUCAGUGUGAAGCUGAGAUAGAUGAAUAUUUGAGAAGACUGGGAACAUCGUUAAGGCCUGAUCCUUUACCCAAAGACUUUAGAAAAUGUUGUUUUUGUCAUGAAGAAGGGGAUGGGCUAACAGAUGGACCUGCAAGACUUCUCAACCUUGAUCUUGAUCUUUGGGUCCAUUUAAACUGUGCUCUUUGGUCUACUGAGGUCUAUGAGACGCAAGCUGGUGCCUUAAUUAAUGUUGAACUAGCGUUAAGGCGAGGUUUGCAGAUGAAAUGUGUGUUCUGUCAUAAAAUGGGAGCCACCAGCGGUUGCCACAGGUUAAGAUGCACCAAUAUUUAUCACUUUACCUGUGCAAUAAAAGCACAAUGCAUGUUCUUCAAAGACAAAACUAUGCUUUGCCCCAUGCACAAGCCAAAGGGAGUUCAUGAGCAAGAACUUACUUAUUUUGCCGUCUUUCGAAGAGUUUAUGUACAGCGUGAUGAAGUGCGACAGAUUGCAAGUAUUGUCCAACGUGGGGAACGCGACCACACUUUCAGAGUUGGUAGCCUAAUCUUUCAUGCUAUUGGUCAACUUCUGCCACAACAAAUGCAGGAAUUCCAUUCUGUGACAGCUCUCUUUCCAGUUGGUUAUGAGGCCAGCAGAUAUUAUUGGAGUAUGCGAUAUGCCAAUAAGCGAUGUCGAUACCUCUGUUCUAUUGAAGAAAAGGAUGGCUUUCCAUUAUUUGUUAUCAGAGUCAUUGAACAUGGGCAUGAAGAUGUGAUUCUUACUGACUCUACACCAAAAGGUGCUUGGGACAAAAUUUUGGAGCCUGUCGCAAACUGCAGGAAAGAUUCUGAAAUUCUCAGGCUUUUCCCAGUGUACUUGAAAGGGGAAGAUCUGUUUGGUCUAACAGUUUCUGCUGUUACAAGGAUAGCUGAAUCGCUUCCAGGAGUGGAGGCCUGUGAGAACUACACAUUUCGAUAUGGACGAAACCCACUAAUGGAGCUUCCUUUGGCCAUUAACCCCACUGGUUCUGCUCGUUCAGAGCCAAAGAUGAAUACUCAUGCCAAGAGGUUUGUGUUAAGGCCGCACACUUUAAACAGCACCAGCACAUCAAAGUCUUUUCAGAGCACAGUAACUGGAGAGCUGAAUGCACCAUAUAGUAAGCAUUUUGUUCAUUCCAAAUCCUCUCAGUACCGGAAGAUGAAGACUGAAUGGAAAUCCAAUGUGUACUUGGCCAGAUCUCGGAUUCAGGGUCUGGGACUAUAUGCUGCUAGAGACAUUGAGAAGCACACCAUGGUGAUUGAGUACAUUGGAACCAUUAUACGAAAUGAAGUAGCCAAUAGAAAAGAGAAGUUAUAUGAAUCACAAAAUCGGGGUGUAUAUAUGUUUCGCAUAGAUAAUGAGCAUGUUAUUGAUGCAACAUUGACUGGUGGACCUGCAAGGUAUAUCAACCAUUCAUGUGCGCCUAAUUGUGUAGCUGAGGUGGUAACUUUUGAGAAGGGACACAAGAUAAUUAUUAGCUCCAAUCGCAGGAUACAAAAGGGGGAAGAGCUUUGUUAUGACUAUAAGUUUGACUUUGAAGAUGACCAGCACAAGAUUCCAUGCCACUGCGGUGCUGUAAACUGCCGGAAAUGGAUGAACUGAAGCAUUUCUUGCUAAACCAAGGGUUCACUUGUCUCUGAGAGCUGACGUAACCUGCAGGCAAACUUGUGUUCUCAAGUGUGAAGCCUGCUUAGCAAGAGAAAGUAUCCGCAGCCAAGAAAGCAAGCCAAAGCUGUGGGCCUCUUGGGAGAGUUCUGGUCAGCUGGUAUACAAAUCAGCACUUCGGAUAAAAAAAAUACUGGGUCAAGAAACUGAUGACGGGUGGGCAUAUCCAUGAAUGUAAGACUGUAAUCACCAGCGUAGUGAGACGCCCAAAGUGCUGGCCACAGCCUUAUCUGAAAAAGGGGCAGGCCCUCUAAUAAAGAGAACUUAAUAAACGUAGACACCACUGAACAAGGAAUGUACUGAAAUGACUUCCUUAGGGAUAGCGCUAAGGGAAAAAUAACUUGCACUAAAAUACAUUUAAAAUACUUGAUUCCAUGAGUCAGUUUAUUGUAGUUUUUUGUUUUCUGUAAAAUAAGAGAAACUUUUGUAUUUAUUAUUGGAUAACUGAAUGAAGCUAUUUUUUAAAAGAAAAUUAGAAGAAAGCCAAGCUGCUGCUGUUACCUGCAGAAUUAACAAAACCAUGUUACUUUGUACAGAUCUGUAAAUAUUUUGGAUAUAAAAUAGUUAUUGACCAAAUGCUACCAGACUACAGCAGUUUGGAGGCUAAUUUUGAAAAAAAAAAAAAAAGAAAAAAAAAAAAAAAAAAGAUAGGGGUGUUACAAUAUGAUCCUGUGUGCUUCUAACGCUGUUUAGUUAGUACUCAACAAAAACUCUUUUUUUAUGUAUUUUUGUUUAGACAGAAAUAACUGUGGUCUUUUUUUUUUAAAUUUGCUUGAUGGAAUAGCAUUUAGCUUUAUUUUUGUUGGUAACAAAAAUAAAAAUUGCCUUUGUUUAGUCUUUGGUUUAAUGUGUCCUAUCAUGCUGUAACAUCCCUAUUUCUCAAAGUCAGGUUUUUGUGCAUAUAAUUUGUGAUAACUGUGAAUAACUGCUAAAACUACCCAAAAUGGAGGGCUGAGCUUUUUCUUCAUUUUCCUUACAGAGCCUUCAGGUUUAAGCCACCAGGUUGUUUUCUUUUUGUUUUGUUUUUUCUUCAUAAAAUCAUGUUGACAGGAAAAAACUUCUUUCACAAGCUUCGUUCUGAGUUAAAUAAAAAAUAAAUUAAAAAAAGGUUAAAAAAAAUGAAGGCAACUAAAUUAGAUGUAAUGAGGCUUGCAACUGCAACAAAAAAAAUUAAUUUAAAAAAAAAUGUAUGGAUUGUUUACAUUUCUUUAAAUAAAAUGACAUUGUUUUGUGUUUGCUUGUAGAUAUUUAAUCUGCAUUUCAACUUUUUUUUUUUUUUUUUUUUUUUUUAAGUACUUAAAAUUCCGGUACUGACACGUAACAGGAUGAAUAUAAAAUAAAGCUUUUUAUUUGUGUGCACAAUGAAAGUUGACUGUAUGCGCUUGAUAUAUUCAGUCACACAGUCUUGGACUUGUAUAUGGCAUGAUGUAUUUUUUAUCUCACAGAAGAAAUUAAUUGUAUAUAUUUUUUUCUCUUGAUAAAUAGCUGUAUGAAAUUUGUUUCUUGAAAAUUUUUCUUGUAAAAUAUCCUUUCCUGACAUCCUUACCAGUAUUUGUCCCACAGUUCUUUUCUGUCCUGUAAAAUAGUAUCUAAUGUUGGCAAAAAUGAUUUUUUUGGAGUAUAAAGAGUGUUAUGGGUUUUGCAAUUUGUGGAAACAGAUUUAGAAGAUCAGCAUUUACAAAUAAAAAAUAUUUUACAACUAUAA